UAUCUUGGCGCUUGAGUCACCAUAGCUGUGUUUUGGUUCACCGUACAGCUGUAAAAGACCCACGUUCUGCAUCACUGGAGUACCCGUCAUGGCGGACCUUAGUGUUUACGACAAUGACACAACGAUAUACCUCUUCACUUCCCUUACAGCGGGCUCUUCUCACAUAGUCACGGCCACCUCUCGCAUCGAGACAAUCCUCAAGGCGAACAAGAUACCGUUUCAGGGAAGGGAUACUGCCACCGAUGAUACAGCCAGAGCUUUGUUCCAGAGGAGAGCAAGGGGGAAGAAAUUGCCGUUUCUGGUGAAGGAAGGCUUUGAUCUUGAAGAGAUUGAGGAAUGGAAUGAAUAUGGAGAGCUUAAAGAGGCUUUGGGAUAUACUGCUGUACCUGCUCGCAAGCCAGCAGCUGUUGCUAGCACCAACAAGACUGCAGCUGCAAAGGUUCAAAAGGAGGAGGUCCCUGCGAGUACACCAGAGCAGAACCUGGCUAUACGCCAACUCGGUGCUGAGGCUGCUAAAGUCGCAGCCUCGAAGAAGCCAACACCAGUGAAGGUCUCAACUACGAACCCGCUACUUGCCGAGAAGAUUAAUUCGCCCGCCUCUGCUGCUACCACGCCGAAAGAUGCUGCCUCUAAGAGCCUAUUGUCUCCUCGAUCUACCCCGCUACCUACGACACCCAACCCAGCAACGGCUACCGCGAAGGCAGAGAAUGAGCGAUCUAUAGCAGAGGAGUUUUCGCUGCCGAAGCCAGGAAAUACACCCGUAAAAAUGCCACCUUCCAUGCACGCGGACGCAGACAAUAGUGAUCUUGAUCGAGGACCUGUGAAGGCUUCAGAAAAGAAGCCCACCCCGGCAGCUGAGGAUGAUGAUGACGACUCGGACGACGACGAAGAUGAUUCAGAGGAAGAAGAGGACGACGACGCCUCAGACGAGGAUGACGAUGACAGUGAAGAUGACGAGGAUGAUGACGAGGAUGAUGACGAGGAUGAUGACGAGGAUGACGACGAGGAUGACGAGGAAGAUAGUUCUGAAGAAGAUUCGGAUGAUGAAGAAGACUCGGAUGAUGAACCAGAAGAACCAGAAGUUAAAGGAACCAAGAAGACAGCGCCCGUUGCAGACCCGGCUGCAGCAACAAAAGUAACAGAGAAGCAGACCAGCGACAAGGGCGUCGAGAAAGAGAAAGAGAAGGAGAAAGAGAAAGAGAAGGAGUCUAGUAGUACGGCUGAUGAGAAGGAAAAGUCAAGUGGCAAAAAGAUUGGCGAAAAGCUCAAGCAAAGUAGCAGCAAGACUGUCGAAAAAGCGAAAACAUCGAGCAGCAAGACUAUCUCAAAGGAGAGGCAAAGCAGCAGCAAAACCACUAGCAAAGUCAGUGGCAAGGACAAGGACAAGGACAAGGAAAGCAGCAGCAAAUCCAGUGGGAAAGAGAAGCUUAGCACCAACAAGUCCAGUGGAAAAGAUAAGCAAACUGCCAGCAAGUCCAGUGACAAAGCGAAGCAGUCGAGCAGCAAGAGCAGUGGGGCGAAAGAAAAGCAAAGUAGCGGCAAGAUCACUGGAAAAGUGGUAGCACGUAAGAAGUAGAUAGUUGAUUGUUGGUAGAGCACCACCAUGCUUCAUCGAACCAUUCUCGGUGGGACAAGCAUUAUAAACGGCACAAAUUCAAUGUACCCAGUAUUGCAUGAAAUGUAUAUUGACACCAUUAAAGAUAAGCCUACUGGUCUAAUCUAU